AUGUUGGACGAGUUGAUGCGCUCGUUGGAGCAAGACCAUCUCCAUCAAGAAGGCAAGAUCGUCGUCGAAGUCAUGACGAAGUCGAUCAAGCCGGAAUCUCUGAAGAGAGCUAUUCAAAGCGUUGAAGAGCGACGUCUUCCGUUACGAGUCGCCGGAAAGGUCGAGGCGAUCAAUGCCCAAGACCGCCGGGCCACCUACCAAGAAGGCUGCUUGAAGUGCGGUGAAAUGAGUCACCGUGUGGCACGGUUUCGCUUGGCGAAGCCAAAACGCUAUUGGCAGGCAUUUUCACGGACGCCAGUGACCUGUUUAGGGGGUACGGCCACCAAACAAGUACCGUCUGCAGACCUGGACUUGCCUCUCGAAGACCUGCGGCACCAGCCGGUUGCGUUCAUUAGUGGGUCGCUUUCUGGCGCGAGUGCAGCUGAUCUAUCGUCGAGAAGAAGGGCUAUGCAGUGGUCGAGUCAUGCAAGAGACUCGACUACCUGGUCGUACGCCCUGGUGUACAUUUUCAACCCAAGUGGCACAAACGCCAAGAUGGCAAAGUACCUGGCGGACAAGCUUUAG